GUUACUGUGCCGCGACUACAUUUUGAAGACACGCAAAUCCUGCAAACUAAGAUAAAAGCAGAGCUCCAUGGUGAAGGGUCGUCGGCCAACUAGUAUACACUAUCGCCACCUACUGGACUGGAAGAGGAGCGUCUCUUAGUGUCGCAUACGUCCAAUUGAUGGUGGUACAGCGUUAUUGAAGUUCCCCAACGACCAAUAAACUUUACAGAAGAAAAUUACAGCCAAUAGUGCCGUACUGAUCUUUAAAAAAAUACUUUAUGGCUCACUGGCCACCAAAACUGAAGUCGCCAUCCGCCAUCUUGAUACUCCCAAAACAACCGUGCCGAGCUGUGCAGCGACAGCAGCUUGGCUGUGACAAAACAGUCCACAGUACUGUAUACUCCAGGACAGUAGAUGGCGGUAAUGCGUCUUUAAAGUUUAUUUUGAUGCCACCCGCCAAGGAAGAAGAAAACGAAGAAGCUGCAGAAGAAGAGUUGGCGUGCAUUUAGCAAGUCGCUGCUAAUUUCAAGGAAAGAGACACAAAGGAGUUGCACAGCGUCGUUUUUGCAACACUUCGAGGCAAAAUGUUGAAAGAUUUGGUGAGGAAUCGACUCAUUGCAGCCGCGGAGGAAAUCUUCGGGCUGUUCGAAGGAGCGAUAGCGACGUACGAAGAGCAACUUCGUCAAGCGAGGGAGGAAACCGAGCGGCAACGACGACAACUGGAAGCUGUUUGCAAGACUCAAAUUGUUAUACGCAUGGAAGAUGUGCAGCAGGUGAUUGGCCGUCACGUGGAAUUUAGUCCUCAGUUGGAGUGGGGGAGCUCCAGUUCGGAGCCGCAGGAUCCGCAGCCCUCCUUCGUGAAAGAGGAAACACUACAACCCCUCUUCGUUAAAGAGGAAAAGGAGGCUGCGCAGCCCAAGCGUGUCCAAGAGGAAGUUGAGGAAGUGGAGGACGUCGAUGUCAUAAAAAUAGCGCUGAACGGUACUACCACACUACCCGUGGAGGGGGAAAACGAGACACCCGAGGUUCAGCUUCAAAGUCCAAGCGGAGACCAGUGCGGAGGACCACCGCCGGACAACCUUUUAGCGCCGCUGUCGGACAGCGACGACGUCGAAGAAAUGUCGGAGAGCGAGACAGACCGCGAAAGUGACGACAAGCGGUCGGCAUCCUCCGAAAGGGAGACGGCGCCGAACAAGAAAACCCGGGCGCCGCGGAGUCGGCACGCUCCCAAAGAACGUUACGGCUGCUCGACCUGCAGUAAAACGUUCAACACGAAGAAGAUGUUGAGGAAGCACAUGAGAACGCACAUAGGCAAAAAAAGCUUCCGUUGCUCCGCGUGCGGGAAGCUGUUCUCGAAGAAAGCCAAUGUGGUUCUACACAUGAAAACUCACGCGGGGGAAAAGCCUUUCAGUUGUCCGAUUUGCGAUAAGAAGUUCACUCUUAAGCAAGAAAAGCUCGCACACGUGAAAACACACUCAGAAGGAAAAUCUUUCACUUGUCCAACGUGCCGGAAAACCUUCUCCCAAAACGGCCAUCUUGUUUCACACAUGAGAACGCACGCGGGAGACACGAUGUACAGCUGCUCGAUGUGCGACAGGGCGUUCUCUCAGAAGGCGUCCCUGGUCAGACACGUGAAAGCGCACGCCGCAAAGAAAACUUUGUAGUCGACGGACCGGAGCUGAAACGUAUUCGUUGUUUACUGGGAAUGAACGAGAGUCCCUACGCGAGAAAAACUCAACAUGUCUGGACAUGUAAAUGAAGGAGAGGAAAAUUUGUAGUUCUGCACAAUAGUGUGGCAUUAGAAGCAGACCAAUUGUUUUAAAUCAUUUUGUUUUUUGUUUUUUACUACAAGUACUACUUUUAGGCUGUUGUACAGACACAAAGAUAAUUGACCCCUCCGUACAGGGCACUUGACCACGCCUCCUGAAGUGACGUCACGCCACGUGCGCUGACGUCAGACAAACAAUUAGCAAAAAUGGAGGGGCAGCAAGAAAAGAAUAGAGCGAAACUGUCCGAUUUACCGGCUGAUUUCUCACUCACAUUCUGAGCUAACAGUGAAAUAUCGUUGAAAAGCAGACAGCAGGGCUUCAAGGAUUUCAGCGAGGGGUAUUUCAAUUGUAUUUACAUGCAUAGACGGAGAAACCAUUGAUGAUAGCGCGAGAUCUUUCCAGAGUCAGAGGAAGACCGAGAAGCCACAUAAUAUAAUAUAUUAUAACCCAAAGAAAAAUUCGUCAUUGACAGUUUCCUAUUUUCGCGUUACCUAUCACACUUGUGUGCAGAAUCUGUACGUGUAUCUGUAUAGCCGUUUGUCAACCACCGUAUGAAGGAAAAGAAGGCGAGGCUUGAUUUACGAGUUGUUUCUCUCGUUUCCUUUGUGUAACGUCACGCGCUCCCCUCAAUAAUUAUUCUUGAAUUAGUGCCGAACCUACGCAAGUCACAACCGAGUACGACAAUCACCACUUUAGUGUCCUCAAACAUCCUUCCUUCAGUCUUGGUGUCUCGGUGCACGUUAAAGGCUUUUAGGACUGCUAGUCCGGUUUAGCUUAGCUCACCGCCAUCAAAGAGACACGUUUGUGCAGUCAGAUCAUCGCAAAAUAUCGCUCAACACAGAUCAAGUGUGUCAAUCAUUCACACGUAGCUAUGUUAUGCAAGCGAAGAACUGCUAAUUCAUUUAUAUGAGACAUGUAUUGAAAAUCAAAUAUAGGGCUGACCUUCGUGCAAACAUAUCUGUUCCGGUUGAUGGAUUCAGUUGAUCAUGCGGUCUUCCACAAAGUUUGGUCCAUCGAAGACAUUUUUCGUACUGGGUCUUCGGUUUUGGAAAGGGUACGAAUCGUACGCCACCAACUAGCGUUUCAGGAUACCUGUCGUCACUGUUACAAAGUCCGUGACUACACCUCUUAACCAUAUCUAUUGUUAAAGAACCCAAAUACGUGAUAAAACGCUAACAAAAGCGAUACUGGACCAUGCAACGUUGUCUGAGGGAACGGCGGGUGCAAAAAAGGGGGGCGUGGUUUAUGCAGAUCUCUGGGCUCUGAUUGGUCAGUGACGCGGAUGACGCAAUUUCUACAGAGGGGUCAAUUGGCUUGUUUUUGUGGUGUUCGUUUUCACCAAGGAAGCAUGAAAAUUUGACGUGGAAAUUGUUGGUGGAACGUGGUUUUACUUUUGGUGUACAUAUUUGACGUUUGUAAAAAAUUAAGAAAAGGGUUUGAAGUUCUUUGCUCGAUGGACUUCUAUUUUCUAAACCCUUGUUGUCUCCGUGUUUCUACUGUGAAGGUCACCAUGUGGCUUUAUAUGUACAGAUUCAAAAUGAGAAAUUUGGAUGUAUUUGUUGUCAAUUAAAAAAAAGAGAGUACAA